AUGAGUGCUGUCCUCAACCAAGGUGCUGAAGAACACCCCGCAGCAUUCUGCUACCAGGUGAAUGGAUCUUGCCCCAGGACAGUCCAUCCUCUGGGCAUCCGGUUGGCCAUCUACCUGGCCGGUGCAGUAGGCAUGUUGAUUACGGUCCUAGGAAAUUUGUUUGUGGUGUUUGCUGUGUCCUACUUCAAAGUGCUUCACACCCCCACUAACUUCUUGCUGCUUUCCUUGGCCCUGGCUGACAUGUUUCUGGGUCUGUUAGUGCUGCCUCUCAGUACCAUUCGCUCCGUGGAGAGCUGCUGGUUCCUUGGAGACUUCCUCUGCCGCCUGCAUACCUAUCUGGAUACCCUCUUCUGCCUCACCUCCAUCUUCCACCUCUGUUUCAUUUCCAUAGACCGCCACUGUGCCAUCUGUGAGCCCUUGAUCUAUCCCUCCAAGUUCACAGUCAGGGUGGCCAUCAGGUACAUCCUGGCAGGGUGGGGGAUUCCAGCAGCUUACACAGCUUUCUUCCUCUACACAGAUGUGGUAGAGAAUGCGCUCAGUCAGUGGCUGGAAGAGAUGCCUUGUGUGGGCAGUUGCCAACUGCUCUUCAAUAAGUUUUGGGGCUGGUUAAAUUUUCCUAUGUUCUUCUUCCCCUGCCUCAUCAUGAUCAGCUUGUACGUGAAGAUUUUUGUGGUUGCCAUCAGGCAGGCUCAGCAGAUCAGCACCUUGAGCAAAAACCUGGCUGGGGCUGCCAAACGUGAAAGAAAAGCUGCCAAGACCCUCGGCAUUGCCGUGGGCAUAUACCUCUUGUGCUGGCUUCCCUUCACCAUUGACACGCUGGUUGACAGCCUCCUUAACUUCGUCACACCGCCACUGGUCUUUGACAUCUUUAUUUGGUUUGCUUACUUCAACUCGGCCUGCAACCCUAUCAUCUAUGUCUUCUCCUACCGGUGGUUCAGAAAGGCACUGAAACUCUGCCUGAGUCGAGAGAUCUUCUCACCUCGGACACCCACUAUUGACUUGUACCAAGAGUGA